CGUCAUUCGCGUGCGUCGGGUAUUUUGUGAAAAGUCUCUUGACUUCACGUUGAAGGAUUGUUUAUUUUCAAAGCUACAAUUUAUAUGGGAUUGAUUUUGAUUGUAUUGUUGCAAUCUUUUGACUGAUAUUGCUUGGUUUAUUUUGUCUUCAUAAGCAGUUCCGUUUCUCUGUAACGUGAUGUCUCUAGGUUUCCUGAGGUUUAUUUUGGGUCGUGUUCCUCUUCGACCCAUCAGCCACAUCAUCUUCCCUUCAUCGGCUGUCAGACCUGCAUGGAGUCAUCAUCGCGCUCUCUCACCCCUGCUGCGCGUCUCCUUCUGCACAGAUGCUGAAAGUCUCGACGUGGCCGAUCACCCGAAGGAGACUAAAAAGCUGGACCCACGAGCACGGGUGACUUUUGGCAGCGUGGGUAGGAAGAUCAAUCAGCGCCACAUACGAUUAUUGGGUGAGGAGGGGGAGGAACUGGGCACACUGCACCGUGCCGAAGUGAUUCGAAUGAUGGACGAAACGGGACUGAAGCUUGUUGCCGUAAAUGACAGUUCUGAUCCUCCGGUAUACAGACUGAUGAGAGGCAAACAGAUACACGAAGAGCAGCUGAAACUCAGAGAGAUGCAGAAGGCGAAGACGGGUCCUGUCCAAUCAAAGGAGCUGAAUUUCUCCUCUGAUAUUUCCCAUCAUGAUUUGGACACUAAACUGCGUCAGGUUGUCAGCUGGUUGGAGAAGAAGAAUCACGUCAGACUCACAAUCAAAGCGGGAAGUGGCAGCGACACACCGCUGGAUAAAGUGCUGACUCAGAUGGUAGAGAAGAUAUCACUACCGGUUGGUUUCGUAUCGAAACCCACCGUUGUCCGUGGAGGACGGGCUGCCAUGUGUGUCCUUCGCCUCGCCUCUGCCAAAGAACUGCGACAGAAAGCGACUGAGACUUCAAACAAGCAAGACUCGGAGAAACCAAAACCACCUUUAACCUCAACGACAGAGAAAUCAAAAGACUGA